AUGAAUAGUGAUAUUAUUAUAAGCAUUCUGAAGGAGACGUACGAAGUUGAUAAAAUUAAGGAGAUACUCGAAAAAUUCCCAUCAAUACCACCGAAAUGGUUUGUAGACAAUGAGGAGGUUAGAAACAUUAGUAUAAAUUUGUUGAACGAUAUUUACAAACUUUCAAGAAGAAGACGCAUAAAUGGCAGUCUAAAGAUGGAAGAGAAUGGGACUUUGAAAUCAGGUGAAGACUGUGAUGUUAAGUUGAAAAGCUCUGUGAUUCGAUCACCAUACAUCCAAGAAGAAGAUAAGUCAACAUAUUGGAUUCCGAUUGAUGUUUUCAAGACUGUUUCACAAAAUCAGUUACAAGUUCAAAAGAAAUCAAAUGGCUAG